UUGAAUUUGUACCUGACAAACAGAAACCGAAUUUUGAAAAGAAAAAUUAAAGCAAAGACACCAAAAAAACACUUUUCUUUUUUUUGGAGCCUGUUCGUUGAGAUAUCAUUUUAAUUUAUCCGCUCCUUGUAAUUCUUCUCGUGAAUCCCCUCUCUUCACACUGUUUUCCCUCCCUCUUUCCUAUCGUGUGAGCUAAUUGAGAGAUUUGAUCGACUCGUGAUCCUCUCAUACCUCUUUUUUUUUUUUUUAUUAAAUAACAACGUUCUUAUCCUUUCCCUCAUUUAUAUUUAUCCUUUUGUUUUUUGAAGGACAAGAUAGCACUGUAAUUCCAUCCCACAAUGUGGAUUUUCUUUUUAUUUCUAAAAAUAAUUAAAAUUCAAGAGCGAUCAGAUUUUUGUUUAUUUAUUUUUUGUAGUUUAUUGUAAAUGAAGAGAAGGCGAUGAGGAGAGAAAGAGAGAAAUGGAGGUUGUUAGAUCUGAGAGCGGAGUAAGGAGCGAGAAAAUAGCAGCGCCGGUGGCUACAGUCAUUGCUAGAACUAAGCGAUUUCAAGUUUGGUUUAUUAGGGUUUGUUCCAGUAUUCUUUUAUGGACCUGUUUGGUUCAGCUUCUUACGGUUGGAGAGUUAUGGCAUCCCAGUUUUAUGGCCAACACCACCGUCUCCAUCGUUAAACCCCCUCAUCAUCCCCCUCCCCUCCUUCCUCUUAGAAACUACACAAGUAAUGGCUAUCUUAAAGUGUCCUGCAAUGGUGGCUUGAAUCAAAUGCGAUCUGCGAUCUGUGACAUGGUGGCUGUUGCCAGGCUUUUGAAUCUCACUUUGAUUGUCCCGGAACUUGAUAAAACAUCUUUCUGGGCUGACAACAGGUAUUUUUUCUGUUCUUGGCAUGCUAUCAUAUUUUUUUUCUUUUUGCAGUUCUGUAAUAUUAACUGUACAAAUUCUUUCUGCAGUACUUUUGAGGAAAUAUUUGAUGUGAAGCAUUUCAUUGACUCACUAAGAGAUGAAGUUCGGAUUGUCAGAAGGCUUCCAAAGAGAUUUAAUAGAAAAUAUGGAUACAGAGUAUUCGAGAUGCCUCCAGUUAGUUGGUCACAGGAAAAAUACUACCUGCAACAGAUAUUGCCACUUUUCAGUAAGCGAAAGGUGUUGCACUUCAAUAAAACAGAUGCGCGUUUGGCAAACAAUGGGAUUUCAAUUGAUCUUCAGAAAGUCAGGUGUCGUGUUAAUUUUCAGGCACUGAAAUUCACUCCUGAAAUUGAAUCUUUGGGGUACAAAUUGGUUCGCAUUCUACAGGAAAGGGGGCCUUUUGUGGCUUUGCAUCUGCGAUAUGAGAUGGACAUGUUGGCUUUCUCAGGUUGUACUCAUGGCUGCACCAAGGAAGAAGCUAAGGAGCUCAAGCGCUUAAGGUAUGCAUACCCUUGGUGGAGAGAGAAAGAAAUAGUGUCCAAGGAGAGAAGAUCACAAGGUUUAUGCCCAUUGACACCUGAGGAGACAGCAUUGAUUUUGCUGGCAUUGGGUUUUGACAAGAACACACAAAUAUAUAUUGCAGCUGGUGAGAUAUACGGCAGUGAACGGAGACUUGCGGUACUAAGAGCUGCAUAUCCGAGGAUUGUGAGAAAGGAAAUGCUAUUAGAUCCAGGGGAGCUGCAGCAAUUCCAGAACCAUUCAUCUCAAAUGGCUGCUCUCGAUUUCAUGGUCUCAAUAGCCAGUGACACUUUCAUUCCCACCUAUGAUGGAAACAUGGCAAAAGUUGUGGAAGGUCACCGCAGGUAUCGUGGGUUUAAAAAGACAAUCCUUCUAGACCGUAAAAGACUUGUAGAGUUGCUGGAUUUGCAUCAGAAUGGGACACUCUCAUGGAAUGAGUUUGCAGUUGCUGUUAGAUCGGCACAUGAGAAGAGGAUGGGACAGCCAACUCGACGUAGGGUUAUUGCAGAUAAACCAAAAGAGGAAGAUUAUUUUUAUGCAAACCCUCAAGAGUGCCUUUGUGAGGGAGCAAAUUGUGAUGAUUUAUUAGGACCUGGUAACUCAAGUUCAAUUCGGUGAUUGCAACAAAACCAAGCAGAUUGAGAUGGUGUUCCACUUAAUUUUUCUUAAGCAGUGUGGUGCACAUAUCACGUGGCUUUCAUGGCUGGACUCCCUAAUCGACCCAACUAUACACACCUACCUUAAAGAUUUGUAAGGAACGACAGAACAGAACCUUUGAGUGCCCAUUCCGGCUAUCAAAGUCACUCGCUCUUCAAUUUUUUUUCCCUGUUGAUAUAUUUAUUCAUUUCUUUUCCAGCCAAAAGUUUGUUCAGGAAUGCCAUAUAAUCCCACAGUUAAAAAUUUACAACGGUA